AAUAUCUCACAAUGAAGACAAAUGAGACUGGAAACUUUCAUCGCUAAUAACUGGGACAAUUUAUAUGCCAGUACCCGCUGAUAAAGAAAGCACAGGCAGUUUCGUUACUAAUAAUAGGAGAUAAAUUAUACAAACAUGAAUCUUCGGGGUGAAAUUAAUCGUUUUAAUUAGUACUUUUAAUCAUCAUGCAACACUGUUGCGGUUUCGCUUCAUACAUGGAGACAUGCAGAUCUUAAUUUCUGAGCAUUUUUUACAACAGUGUUUCAUUUUAUCGUUUGUGUCCCAUGGUUAUACAUGCUUCUACAUUAUUUUCUUGCUACAUUAUCUUUGUUACCCCGGGCUUUGUUACUUCUAUCAAACUCUUUCAUGUAGACACUUGCAGCUUAGUUGCAUAUCUACCUAAAGAGAAAUGCUUUGUUAUUGAACUUUAAAAGACAAUAAGCAUUUUUUUUAUCUGGUUAUCCUGCGUUUCUUAGAGAUACCAUGCUCAUGCAUUCCUCAAGAAAACGAUCAGUCGUUCCAAGCAAAAUGCAGUUCAUCGUUAUACUCUUGAUUUCAGCCUUAAAAGGAGGACUAUCGAGUGUUGCGUUUGCUGAAGAGGUGGGUCACCAUGAUUGCCACCUUAGCACCUCAGUUUCUGGGGUCAAAGCUGACUGCUCGUAUCUAUCACUUCCCGGGAUCCCAACCGAUCUACCUCGUGAAACUACUACCCUGGAUGCUUCCUUCAACGAAAUGAAAGUCCUCCAUAAUAGCUCAUUUACAGGUCUUUGUCAACUUAUUGUGUUAACAGUUGUAAGAAACCACAUUUACCACUUGGAGGUUGGAACAUUCACUCCUCUCACCCACCUACAAUUUUUGGAUUUGACUGGAAACUCACUAGCUCACUUACCUGAUAACAUCUUUGAAUCAAAACAGUUCUUGACAACUGUGGUGCUAUCCAGGAACAAUCUAUCAUCGGUACCCACUCGUGCACUACACUCACUCCAGCUACGAAAUAUACGUCUUGAUUAUAAUUUCAUUAAGAAGGCAGACUUCGCUGCUUUCUCUCAUACAAACAACAGAGCAAACAUCAGUUUAAAAGGGAAUUCUAUUUCUUCACUGCAGCCAACAGACUUUGAGCCCCUACGAAAUGUUUCCCUGCACACACUGGACCUGUCUUCGAACCAGCUCCGUAAUAUUUCAAAACUGAUCUUUUCAUACCUCAAUAAUGUCUAUCAUCUUAUUAAUCUUAAUUCAAACAAAUUACGAGAAUUCAACUUGGACACUUUUCUUGGAAAUGUGACAGUAGGUACCUUGUUACUCGCCGAUUGUGGAAUAAAUCUUAUCAUUCCACUGAAAAACUAUAGUUUCAUCAACGUCACUUUCCCUAAAAUUUAUCAAGUAAUCUUGCGUGAUAAUAAAAUUCGUGAAAUCCCAAGCUCUGCAUUUUGGGGAAUGAGCGAGACAAGAAAACUAAAUAUUGGUUCGAACAAGAUUUCUAAAGUUAACAAUGAAUCCUUUUGUGGUCUCGAUUCCUUGACUAACCUAUACAUUUCUUACAAUAGAAUAAAGUACUUACCUACUCAAAUGUUUUCUUGUAAUCCAGAAUUGCAAAUAUUAUUGAUUGCACACAACAGCAUAUAUAAACUAAAUCCAAUGUCAUUCAGUGGUCUCUUGGCACUUCGGCAACUUGAUAUAUCAAUAAAUGGAGCAGAAGUUCUUGGCACGAAAUGGAACAACCCAGCACUUCGUAUUCUUGACAUUUCUGGAAACGAAAUUACACAUCUCAGUGAUACAAAAUUUGAGGGAAAUUUGUCAAGCCUUCAAAAAUUAAAACUUUCAGGCAAUAACUUAGAUAAACUAUCCCCAACGACAUUCCAAGAUGUACAGCUACUUCAAGAGAUUUACCUUGAGUCUCAACAUGGAGGGAAACUACAUCUCAAUGGAGUAUUCAGUAAAAUGAAGAGUCUCAUCAAAUUGGAUCUUUCUCAAACCAACAUUACGUUAACCUCCACUUGCCAAUUCAAUGAAACAAUGAAUUUAGAAGAGUUAGAUCUUAGUUUUACGACACUCAAUAGUUCUAACAUCUAUGACAGUGAAAGACAAUCAUCCCUUUUUGAUGGACUUGUUUCUCUAUCAAAGCUUCACCUCCAGGGAAACAACCUAAACCAUUUGGAACCAGAAACGUUCAAGUCUCUUUCCAAACUCUCUUUAAUGGAUAUGUCUAAAGCAGGCAUUGUAGUCAUAAAGCCCGGUUUAUUCCAUAGAUUGAUUUCUCUGAAACGUCUGAACCUUGAUUCUAACAACAUAAACAAAAUAUCUGAAAAUGUUCUUUCUGGGUUGAAUUACCUAGAGUCCCUUUACUUCGACGACAACAGAAUAGAAGUGAUCGAGAAAGACUCAUUCAAGAUGACUCCUAAUCUGCAUUAUCUCUCUCUUUCAGGUAAUCGAUUGACUAAAGUUGAGAAGGAUAUGUUUUUCCCUACCAACAGGACAUUAUAUCUCGAUAUUCACGAUAACCCUUUCUCUUGCACCUGUGAUUUAAACUGGUUUAUAUCUCGGCUUGGUGAAAGCAACAUAUACCUCAAGAAUCCUGAUCAAACAGUGUGUUACAGUAUGUCCAUUGACAGAUUUGUUGGUAUACUAUCAUUUGAUCCAAAACUCUGUGCUAUUAAUUUUGAGCUUAUGAUAAUUCCAUUAUCCUUCUCUGGCAUCUUGGUUGGAUUUCUGAUCAUACUGGCAUAUAUCAAUCGCAACCAGGUCAAAGAUAAACUGUCCCCUCUUAAACUAGCGAUUAUUGAUUACCUUCAAGUGGUGGAAAGCCUUGAUGCAGAUAACCAUACAUUUCACCUAAACCUCAUGUUCCACGAGUCACAAGAGGAAUGGGUCGACCAGAUUCUUAAACCGGCAAUUGAGGAGAGGUUGCCGCAUCUGCAGAAUAUCGUCUAUGGAGACAAAGAUCUCUGCCCUGGAAUGUUCUAUGUGAAUGCCAUCCAACAUGCUAUCGAGAACAGCUUCAAAACUGUCCUGUUGGUAAGCAACAGUUCUGUUGAUGAUGUUUGGAUCAGAACCAAACUCCGUAUGGCCCUGGAGCAUGUCAAUGACACAGGAUUUGACAAGGUUAUCCUGAUCUUCUUGGAGGACAUUGAGGAAGACCAACUGCCGUAUCUUGCUAGGUUGUUUGUGAGAAGAAACAGACCUCAUAUAUUCUGGACAGAGGAUGUAGACGGUCAGGAACUAUUCUGGGCUACUUUCGAGAGAAGCAUGAGAGUGAACAAAGCCAUAAAUAGUUCCAUUCCAUUUUAGAAAAAGAUGACAGGACCAGUUGGGUAUAUUUAGGAAGUUGGUCCGUGAGGCAGGGCCAAACUUGUGUCUUAGCUUCUAACAUCUCUUUAUUUUUGGCAUCAAACACACAGCAGCAUUCUCUGAAAUCACAAUGAGCAUUCUCAUUAUUUGUAGAAUGCUCUUAUGAAAAUGUGAUGAAACAUGUACUUUUUUCUUUAAAAAGCUGUGCCCUGUGUACCAUAGCCCUUGACUGAUCUUUCAUCAGCUUCACUUCUGAAAGAUCCUCCACAAACCCGAAUCAUCUGCUUACUAAAAAAACUUAUUGAUAGGAUAUAUAACCACUUCUUGUAUCAGCAAAAUGUUCUAUUCAGUAAAAGUGUAAUGAACAUUAUAUUAUACACUAUGUAUGAUGAAAGAUCACUAACACUAGUUAAUCAGGUAAAUUGCCAAUUCGUCUACUGCCAACUUGUCCACUCACCACAUGGUCUAAUUUCAUUUAGUCUAAUGCCAUUCUGUCCAUCAACAUUUCGUCUAGUAACCAUUUAGUCCAAUCAUCACUUUGUCUUAUCACCAGUUCGUCUAUGACCAUUUCGUCUCAUAACCAGUUGGUCUAAAAUCCAUUUCAUUUUCAAUCAUUUUGCACAAUUUAACACUUAGUCCAAUUAGACCAAAUGGACUAAAUGGCUAUUGGACCAACUUAUUAGAUGGAAUGGCAUUAAACUAAAUGAAAGUAGACCAUGUGGUGAGUGGACGAACUGAUAGUAGACCAAAUGAUAGUGGACGAGUUGGCAAUUAGAAAAAUUGGCAUUAGACGAAUUUGAAAUAAACCGUUAAUCUUUGCUUACUAAACAAACUUAUUAAUUGAUCAGGUACAUAAACAUUACUUGUAUGAGAGAAGUAUGUUUAUUUUAUAGAUAACUUUUGUUUUAUUCUAUGUUAAUUUUCACUUGUAUUUUAUGUAUAUAUUAUCAUGUUUAUGUUCUAUUCUUUGUUUGUAAAGGGGAAGGCUUUGUUGUAAAGCAGUUUUAUAACUGAGCCGAACUACCCUCCACAUUAUUUUAUCAUUUGUUAUAGAUAAAACAUGAAUGAAUAACUAAUAAAUAAAUAGGCCUAUAAUAAUGUAUACAUAGGUCUUCUAU